UGACCCAUGAAUAUAGAAAGAAAAGUGUGACCUUUACCUUCUCUUUUCGUUUCACUUUACAUCUGUCAAAGUUUCACAUAAUUUUAUGUUUCGCCCAAGAGCCCAAACUGUCUUCCCCAAGAGGCUUCUGGCCCAAUUAUGUCAGGGGUGCAUUUAAGUGCUAAGAGAAAGAAGGUCAGGAGUUCGAACUCUUCCUCCAAUGUGUUAAUCUAACUAUUCUAACAAUACUGACUUUCGCCGAUAAAAACUAAUUCCGUCCAAACCGUCUUCUCUGCUGGCUACGGUAAACGUACAGUAAACAAAAAGUCGAUUUUAACUAUAGCCCUAGCUAACUUUAAUCCCUAAAAAAACAGAGAUCGAACACCACACUAUAGUCCUAACUAACUUUCUUCUAACAAACCCACCACUCUCCCUUUCACAAAAUGGCCUCUCUUUUUUCCCUCACACUAGUACUCCUUUCACUAACUUCAUCUGCAAAAUGUGAAUUAUCCCAAGGGUUCAAAUCAGCCCAGAGUCUUGAUCUUUUCAUCAGAGACUACUCAUUCCACUCCCACAAGAAUUACUUCAAGACAGGGACAUUCCACACCGUAAAUCUACCAGCAAAUCUCUCCGGUAUAACCGUGAACGAGGCAAAGUUUCGGUGCGGCAGCCUCAGGAGGUACGGAGCUCAAGCGAUGCAGCUUCACUUGCCCGCCGGAGUGAUUGUUUACCCUUGUGUAGAGAGAGUCAUGUUAGUUGUGCAAAACCUCGGGCUCGACUGGUCUUAUUUGUACAACGACAGCUACGAUUUAACCGGGUACCAGCUGGUAUCGCCCGUUUUAGGCCUGCUAGCUUAUAAUGCAGAUAACGUGACGAACUCGAGUAAAUCACUCCAGGUUGGGAUUCUGGCUCCCGGGAAAAAUCCCAUUUCUCUCGAUUUCGGAAAUACCACCAUCAUUGACAAUGCCACGGGUCUCAUACCGUUGUGCGCCAGCUUCGGACACGACGCAAAAGUCACGCUGUCGAACCAGGUGGGGCCAAACGCUUGCGCGGCGUUCGGAGACGGUCACUUUGGGCUGGUGGUGGAGUCGCCUCUGCUGCCUGAGAGGAGGCCGGGCAAGGUGAGCGGGUGGAAGUUGGUGGUCGGGACGUCGGUUGGGGCCGCAUUGGGGGCUUUUCUGCUGUGUUUGCUGCUGAUUGCUUUGUUCGUGAAGGUGAAGAAGAAAGCGAGAAUUGAUGAGAUGGAGAGGAGGGCUUAUGAAGAGGAGGCUCUGCAGGUGACUAUGGUGGGGCAUGUGAGGGCUCAUACCGCGUCGGGUACGAGGACGGUGCCGGUGAUUGAGCAUCACUAUAGACCUUCUCCUUAUUGAAUUGUUGUUUUUUUGUUUUUGGGUUUUUCUUUCUAUCAUUCUUUUGUAGAUUAGAUGAACACCAGGUCUCUGUUUAUUGUUAAGACUUCAAAUUGGACAUUCACAGGUCUUCCAUUGAUAAUGUUGAUAAAUGCAAGCCAGGGGGUUUGACUUUA